AUGGCUUACGAAAUGUCUACCCAGCAUGCGGCCCGAAUAGGCACAAGACCCUUCAACCACAACAAUCAAUCCGAGGCAGCUGAACGGGAAUACGACAGACUACGAGAUCUCGCGCGGCAAGAGGCCGGCAAGCGGGCUUCGUUUGCCGCACGAUCGCAAGAAGCAUACCAGAAGGGUGAUGGCGCAGCAGCCCAUGCGCUCUCCGAGGAGGGCAAGGCGCACGGAAGAAAGAUGGCCGAGUACAACAAGCAAGCUUCGGACUUUAUCUUUCGAGAGAACAACGCUCCCGGCAGAGUUCCUCCCGACACGAUCGACUUGCACGGUCAGUAUGUUGAAGAGGCGGAAGACAUCCUGGAGGAGCGAAUCCGAUAUGCUCGAGCGCAUGGAGAGAACCACCUACACGUAAUUGUGGGCAAGGGGAACCACAGCGAGGGCCAUGUCCAAAAAAUCAAGCCUCGCGUCGAGCAGGUCUGUCACGAGCUGGGAUUGCAGUAUCACGUCGAACCCAACGAGGGCAGAAUCUAUGUCGAUCUGACUGGCGGCGCCGUGGACACGCAGGCGAUGAACAACUGGGCAGGGUAUCAACAACCGCAAUCGCAAUCGCAACCGUAUACCGGCGGCCAACAGCAGCAAGGUUACGGACAUCAACAGUCGUAUCAGCAGCGUCCUCCACACCCCCACCAACAGUCCCAACAUCAAGGUCAGGGACAGGGACAGGGACAGAACGAUGAUGUGGAAAAGCUGGUCAAGAAGUUUCUUCCCAGGCUCAUCAACAAGCUUCUUCGAUGGCUAUGUCAUUGA